AUGGACCGCAAGGCUGAGGAGAAGAGAAAGCAGCGCCACAGCUUGGCUUUACUGGAGCAGGUGAAGAGCAUGAAGGAAUGCACACAGAUAAUCGAUGUGGUGCUGGUGGCAGAGGGCCAGAAGUUCCCGUGCCAUAAGGUGGUGCUGGCUGCCUUCAGUGCCUAUUUCAGGGCCAUGUUCACGUGUGGCCUGGCAGAGUGCACGCAGAGGGAGGUGGUGCUGCACGAUGUCUCAGCUGAGAGCGUGUCGGUGAUCCUGCACUACGUGUACAGCGCCGAGCUGCGCCUCACCGGCCUCAACGUGCAGACUGUCGCCCUCGCCGCCUACUUCAUGCAGAUGGAAGAGGUCUGCAACAUGUGUCAGAAGUACAUGAUGGACCACAUGGAUGCUUCCAACUGCGUGGGCAUCUAUUACUUUGCAAACCACAUCGGGGCGGAUGAUUUAUGUGACCAAGCGAGGAAAUACACGUAUCAGCAUUUUGCUGAGGUGAGCUUGCAGGAAGAGAUACUCGAGAUUGAAUUCCAGCAGCUGCUGACUCUCAUCAAAUCAGAUGAUCUGAAUAUUUCCAGGGAGGAGAGCAUUCUGGACCUCGUCAUUAGAUGGGUCAAGCACUGCAGAGAGUCCCGUUCACAGCACCUUGUUGAGCUCCUCAAGCAAGUGAGACUGGUGCUGGUCAGCCCCUCUUUUCUUGUGGAAGCCCGGAAGAGGAACACAAUGAUUCUGUGCAACUCAGAAUGCAAUGAGAUGUUCGAGGAAGCACUGAAAACCAUCCAGCUGUCCAGGCACCCUUCCCUCAGCCUGCGGUACGGCAUGGAGACCACGGAUCUCCUGCUCUGCAUUGGCAACAACUCCCUCGGCAUCAGGUCCAGGCACGGCAGCUAUGCAGAUGCCAGCUUCUGUUAUGCUCCUGUGACCGGAAAGACCUACUUCAUUUCCUCCCCAAAGUAUGGAGAGGGCUUGGGAUGUGUUUGCACUGGUGUUGUCACUGAGAAAAAUGAAAUCAUUGUGGCAGGCGAGGCAAGCGCCGUCAAAAUGUCUAGACAAAGGACCAGGAACAUUGAAAUUUAUAGGUACCACCAGCGAGGAAACCACUUUUGGCACAGCCUGUGCAGCACUCAGCUCCGCGAGCUCUAUGCGCUGGGCACUGCCCACAACGACCUCUAUGUGAUAGGAGGGCAAAUGAAAGUGAAAAAUCAGUAUCUGGUCACAAACUGCGUGGAGAAGUACUCCAUGGAGCAAGGCACCUGGAGAAGCACAGCGCCCCUGCCAGUGCCCCUGGCCUGCCACGUGGUGGUGACAGUGAAGGACAAGCUGUACGUGCUGGGUGGAUGGACACCACAGAUGGAUCUGCCUGACGAGGAGCCGGAUCGAUUGAGUAACAGAACGUUUUGCUACGACCCGCGCCAAGACAAAUGGGUGGAGAGAGCCCCAAUGAAGUUCUCCAAGUACCGCUUCAGCACUGCCGUAGUCAAUGGGGAGAUUUAUGUCUUGGGAGGAAUUGGGUGCCUUGGUUAUGACAGAGGACAGACACGGAAAUGCCUUGAUGCAGUGGAGAUUUACAACCCUGAUGGAGACUUUUGGAGGGAUGGAGCCCCUCUGCCUUCUCCCCUCCUCUCCUUACGAACCAACUCCACCAGUGCAGGCUGUGUGGAGGGGAAGCUGUACCUCUGUGGAGGAUUUCAUGGAGCAGCUCGUCAUGAAGUGAUCUCCAAGGAGAUCCUGGAGCUGGACACGUGGGAGAACCAGUGGAACGUGGUGGCCACCAACGUCCUCAUGCAUGACAGCUACGACGUGUGCCUCGUGGCCCGGCUGAACCCACGGGACCUCAUCCCUCCUCCUCCAGAUUUAGUGGACCAAUAGAAGUCCAGGGGCUCUCAGUGCUUCCAGAUUCUGCAAAGAUUGAAGAAUUUGGGGAGAAAAACUCUGCAUUGGCUCUGGAUCACAGCUGGGUUCCACCCAGAGGGAAGGGCAAUAUGUGCUUAAGGACAUAAUUGCCUUUGAGCUGUGCUUCUCUGAUGAUGCUUAAUUUGAUAGUUCUGGUGCUCUGCACUUCUGUGCUUGAAAGGCAAGGCUGUCCAGCCCUUGUGUGUGGCUCUGCAUCUUCAGUCUGGCUGUGCAAGCCCCAGUGCUGGGUGAACCUGGGCUGCUGGGGCUCUGCCUGACAGGCACAGGGGCAGCCAGGGCUCAGCUCACAGCAGGCACACAGAAAGCUCCAGCCAGGGAAAUCCCUCCUUUGCUGUUCAUCCCACUUGGAUCUACUAUCUCCCCAGGAAGCUAAGAAAUAGAGUCAGUCAGCUGAUGAGAAACAAGUGCCAGACUGUAAUUGACUGAUGCAAAGGUAAAACAUAGAAAAGCCUUUGUUUGAAACAAAAUCCCAUUAGCCAUGGUCCAUUAGCCAAGAACACCAGCUCCUGCAAACACUAUCUAAGGCACAGACACAACAGUCAAGACAUCCUGUCUUUGCUAAUAGACCUGAGCCUGUGCUGGUAGAAAAUUAAUCCUUUGGCAGCAAAUCACAAAUGAGUCUUUCAGUAGGGUUGGUAGGCAGUCUCUAGCAAAGACAAGAAGAAUCUUAAAUUUUCCCUUAAAUCCUAUUUAUUACAAAGCCUGCUAGGACCAGGAUCUUGGAGCUCAGUUAGGAAACUUCCCUUGAGAGAUGGAUAAAGGGAUGCCAACUAAAAAGUAAUAAAUGAGACCAGCAUUAUCUGCACAUCAGCAUUGCAGCUACAGGGAAAGGAGAGAUGUGCUAAACAAUAAAUGUUUCUGUAAUAGCUUUAAUGGAGGCUAAUAAGGCUAAUUCUCUACCAACAGAAUUGGCUAUAAUCACAGGGAAGAGGAACAAUUCAAACAGUGCUUCUGAAGGCAGUGCUAGCCUUUGUAGGGCUUGAAGACAGUAGGUUAGAGUGAAAAUUGCU